AUGGUUCAGUACAAACUUUUGGCAUGCCUCCUCGUACCCGCCCUGAUGAUGAUCAACUGGCGUGCCUCCCACAGCCGCAGAGUUUCCACCAAGAUUCCCGAAUCCGUUGACCAAAAUGCGAUCAUCCGAGCUCUACACGACCAGCCGAGUUUCAUCAAACUGAAUCCGGUGGUUAUAGACGUAAAUCAGGUCCCGACCGACCCCGCCACAUACGAGGUCGAAUUGUUUCUAACCUCCAAGACUUGGGAUCCGAUUGAGACAUAUAUGCUAAGCAGCAUGAUUACGAUCAUACCAUGGAUAGGCCCAUGGGGCCAGAAACACAUUCAGUUCGGGACCUGGUUGAGAAAUACUGAGUCCGGCAUCAAGACCUACGCUGAUGCACCAUUUGGCGUAUCUGUGGGAAGCCAGUGGAUGGUCCAGCCAGACACUACGCGUGGUGGUAGGAAUCCAGGCUCCAUUUUUGGAAUGUUCAACGCUCACCAGGAUUCAGGAUGGAUGCUAGUAGUUGAGAGAACCGUCGAGUGCGUAUGGUGGUUGAUGCCCUUCGUGGCAUACACGUGA